UCUCUGCAUACCCUGUAUGUUUAUUGCAAUGAUCAAAUUUACAUUUUGAGUUUUAUACAGGAUAUAAUUAUAUUAGAAUGUUAAAUCCGGCACAUUUUUCGGGCAAGGAUAUUGGAACGUCAUGACUAUUUUUAUGAAUUGUGAGGCCCUGCUGGGGUUGCUUGCUCCAGGCACUAGGCAGGCCUACGUAAGGAGACAGUGUCGAAAGAACGAAACGAAACGAGAAGCCGACCGACCAGUUGAGACGUUGAUAAGUCAUGGCUUCUCCUUCGCAGAUAGCAGUGUCUGAUUUUUCAGAAAUAAUUUUGGACAAAACAGUGUUCUUCAAAGUUAUGAGAUUGACAGAUAGUUUUUUCGUGUGGGUUGGCUUAGAACCCCAUUUAUCCAAUAUGGCAGUAGCAAUGCCGGCGAAAUACGGUUCUGUUCCGAGCUGCUCACUCCUCUUUGGUAACAAGUCAGACUUAUCCUCGACGUCUCUGGCUCAAAAACUUGAAUUGACAGCCAAGAAGUUGAGCAAGCAGGUGUUCGUCAGCUGUACCGUCCCGUUUGACCAACACCUGUCUGUGCUGGUGGAGAAGAGACUGGCCCAGGAGUUGGCGCUCAACGGUUCCGGAGACUUGUGAUUGAAGUGUGUGUGUGUGUGUGUGUGUGUGUGUGUGUGUUGUGUGUGUGUGUGUGUGUGUUGUGUGUGAGUUGAGUGUGUGUGU